AUGCGCUCGUAUCUCAAGCUUCGCAGCAUAUCAGCGCGGAUGAAAUGUCGAAUUAAAGGUACAACUCUCCCGGGAGGGUUCCUUCCUUAUGAACUAUGGCUUGAAAUUGUCGAUGCUAUGGUUGACGACUUGGAAUCGACAAUCAAACCCAUCUCCUGGAUCUUGAAAGGAAUCGAGUCCGAGCAGGGGAACGAUGGAAUUCACUACCUCCUGCUCGACCAAAGGACACACCUCUGGUUUAACCAAACUGAGUACAUUCGGUUUGACAAAUCCAACAACUGGAACACGGUGAAUUCCAUGCGUCGAUGCCAUGCCCUGGAACCACUGCAAAACCUCAUGCUGGUCGACCGCGGGACUCGACAGCUCGUCAACAGACGAUUACCACGGUGCAGCUUUUUCCUAGUUGAUCCGCAUAGAAAAUUUGCCGUGCCUAGAUACAUACGGAUCGUUCCCGGCGUUGAUCUAUUUCGUUACGAUAUCCACCGCCGCAUUCCUCAAAUACAGAUGGACGCCGUAAGCGCUCUGAUCAAACCCUACGAAGACACAGAUGCUCUGUUACAUGUCCAUACGAUACUUCUUUCUGCGACAAUACUUGAGCCCAAUGAUGGGCAACUGCUCAAAACCUACUUUCGAUACUUGCAGAAGAUGCCUAGAUUGAAAAACGUUGAAUUCAGAGGACUCCUUUCCGACGGCCUACAAAAUCCCACCGCCUAUUUUGUAGAGAAUACUCUGCUAUCCUUUUUGGCCAAAUGUAAUUAUGCGGAGAAGGAUGAGAUUGUUUCGAUAUGGAGGCCGCUCAGAGACCGAGGGGUAAAGUUCACCGUUAAUCUUUCCGCGCCUUUCUAG